CAGCAUCUGGCGACAAGUUCGUUUCAGUGCAAUUUGUACUGCAUGUCUUCUCUUGAAGGUUUGAUUGGUAUCAAUCUGACAGAGAUGUGACAAUUAACUACCUGCGGAAGAAUCUAAAGCCGUCAGAUGUUAGAGUGGAUUUCGACAACCAAUCGGUACGACCGGUUCCCGCGCUUAUCUCGCCUGUCGCAGGCAGCAAUUUUCCUCUUGACACCCGCAGGUGAUGAACUUCUCAAGAGGUUUCAGCUGUCGCACCCCAUUGUUCCCGAGCAAUCCUCAUUCCGCGUCUCGUCGAUGAAAAUAGAGGUUUGUAUCAGGAAGCAGACCGAAAUCAGAUGGACCCAACUUGAGGACGUCAGCACAACGGAUUCGGUGUCGAAAGUGGCCCACUCUUAUCCUUCUUCCAGCAAAGUUGCUCACGACUGGAACAAGUUGGAAAAAGAAGCAGCUGAGCUGGAGGACGAUGGGGACCCGUUAAACAAACUCUUUCAGAGCAUUUACCGGGAUGCCUCUGACGAAACUCGGCGAGCCAUGAUUAAGAGCUUCACCGAAUCGGGGGGUACCGUGCUGAGCACAAAUUGGGAUGAAGUCGGCAAAGGUAAAGUUGAAAUGAAACCGCCAGAUGGAAUGGAAUACAAAAAGUACGAACUGUGACUCUGUAACUAUCCAUCGUUUCUCAAACUCAUUCUUUCCCAAAGAAAUUAUCAACUGAUUUCAUGUUGCCCGUUUUUCUUCCUAUUUCAAACUACUUUUCUGAGGCCAU